UCUUUCACCCUUCGAAAUACAACCCACAAUACCUCCCUCAUCACAUCUAUAGACAGCUGCAAAUAUGGCCCCCAAAGUGCUCAUCUGUGGUGAUCUCGCAUGGGCGCACGAGGAGGCAAAGCAGAUGUUCGACGGUAUCGCAGAGAUUGUCCUCAUGGACUCUCAAAAUCGUUCAGAUUUCUUGACUGGUCUCAAGCCUGGCGGAAAGUAUGAAGGCAUCGUCGCCGUUUACAGACAUAACACCUCGGCCGACAGGAUAGGUAUCUUUGACAAAGAGAUUAUCGCUGCGUUAUCCACCUCCGUCAAAUGGAUCGCCCACAACGGAGCCGGAUACGACCAGAUCGAUGUCGCAGCCUGCAAGGAAAAGGGCAUCAUCGUCUCCAACACUCCCGGGGCCGUCGACGACGCCACCGCCACCACAGCCCUCUACCUCACCAUCUCCUCCCUCCGCAACUUCUCCCUCGCCGAACGUUCCCUCCGUUCCCUCACUUGGAAAUCGCCCCUCGUCGCCGGCCUCGCACACGACCUCACCUCCCGCACCUGUGCCAUCCUCGGUCUCGGCGGCAUAGGCCUCCGCUACGCAGAACUCGUCCACGCCUUCCCCAUGCGCGUGAUCUACCACAAUCGGAACCCGGUCCCUGGUGCACCGAGUUGGUGCGAGUAUUAUGGCAAGGAGAGACUGGAUGAGUUUUUGAAGGAGGCGGAUGUGUUGAGUGUGCAUGUGCCGUUGAGGAAGGAGACGGAGGGGUUGGUGGGGGAGGAGAUGAUUAGGAAGUUGAAGAAGGGGGCGGUCAUUGUCAACACGGCGAGGGGGAAGGUUAUUGAUGAAGAGGCUUUGAUUAGAGCGUUGGAGGAUGGACAUCUCGGCGCCGUAGGCCUAGACGUCUACCCAGAUGAACCGAACGUGAACCCGAAACUGCUCGAAUUCAAGAACGCGACGCUGUUGCCGCACAUGGGGACAGAGACGCAGGAUUCGCAGAAGAAGAUGGAGAUCAGAGCGUUGGCGAACGCGAGAGAUUAUCUCGCGAAGGGCAAGGGCGGCGAUGUGGUGCCGGAGUUGGCGGAUUUGGUGAAGGCUUAGAGACUCCUUGGACGUUACAUGUGUACCGUGCGUGCAGAGAGGUAGAAUAUAUGGACAACUGUAGAACCUCCAAUGUAGAACGCAGAUAUACCUGACUGUGUAUGUGUAACAGCCUGAGCACACCUACGAAACCCUUUAAA